GGGGCUGCAGGGGCCGCUUCUCGCCUCUCCUUGUCCUCUGCUUCUCACAGUUAGAAAGCAUCGGCUGUCAAAUCCCUAAAAUGUACUGAGGGGGGCUUCUAAGAGAGACCGCGACCUUGGCCGGUAACCGCCCAUCCCCCGAACGACCUGGAACGGCCUUCCCAAGGUGCGGGGCUCCAAACCCCGCAACACCGCGGCUGGGAUGCAAAGUUUCACUAGCGUUCCGGCUGCCCUCCGCAGAGCUCAAGCUCGGACGGACCCGGCGAGGAAGCCACCCUCCUCGCCCACAACAGGCACUCGGCGACACACCGGGUCCACGGAGGGAGCCCCACACACCAGCGAGGAAGAGCCGCUGCCGAGCCUCAGCCGGCAACACCGGCCUCACCCGCCUCACCGGCAUCACACACGCAUGCGCAGUAGCAGACGCCGGGCUAGCCCGACUCGCAGCCUUCGACCCGCCCCUCGGACCGGAAGAAGUUGCUGACGCUUCCGGCGCCCGGCAGCCCUGCGGUUGCCUCGGUGAUGUCGUGGGUUCAACGGCCUCGCUUGGUCGGGGGUCCCGGAGAGGAGGGGGACGUGUUUGACGAGGAAGCGGACGAGUCGCUCCUGGUGCAGCGGGAAUGGCGGAGCCACAUGCAGAGACGCGUCAAAGAAGGCUAUAGAGAUGGAAUAAAUGCCGGCAAAGCAGUUACUCUUCAACAAGGCUUCAACCAAGGUUACAAGGAAGGUGCCAAAAUCAUUAUAAACUAUGGACAACUCCGAGGAACAUUGAGUGCCUUGCUCUCCUGGUGUCACCUUUAUGAUAAUGGUUCAGUUCUGAUCAGUAAAAUAAACAAUCUUCUGGAUGCAGUUGGCCAGUGUGAAGAGUAUGUGCUCAAACAUCUAAAAUCAAUCACUUCUCCACCCCACGUUGUAGAUUUAUUGGACUCUAUUGAGGAUAUGGACCUUUGUCACAUAGCUCCAGCUGAGAAAAAGAUGGAUGAAGCUAAAGAUAAAAGACUCUGUGAAAAUAACGCUGAGCUUCACAAAAACUGCAGCAAGAGCCUUAGUGAGGCAGAUUGUUCAUCUUUAGAAUGUUGUGGAAUACGGGAGCAUGAACAUACUGAAAACCCAAGCCUCACUUGGAUUUUAGAACAGACAGCCGGUUUAGUAAAACAGCUGGGAAUAUCACUCGACAUAUUACAGCACCUCAAACAACUGUAAAAAUUCUCUUCACUUUUUUGAUGAAAGUAAUGUUCAUAACAUGUCUUAGAACAUUUUGUUUUUUUAACAAACUAACCAAAAUUUGUACCAGUUUCUACACUGAACACAUCAUUUGUAGGUUAUCCUUCAUGGAAAUGUGCAAUAUCUUCAAAAUUAACACUAUUAAAUGUAAUAAGAGCUUUUUUCUUUGUCACUGGUAAUUUUUUGUCAUUUAAGAUACGCUCAGAGACUUGAGUUGGCAUUGUCAUUUUCAAGUUUCUGAUCAAAAUAAAGCAUUUUUCAGACUCCUUAGCAAAAGUGAAAAAGAAUCAAACACAUUUUGUAAGGACCUAACCCUGCAUUCCUGCUUUUGUCACCAUCAAGUGGUUAGGGCCUUACCACCAACUUAUCAGACCAAAGUUACCAUAAAUAAUGUAGUGGAUAACAUUGUAAAUAGACACACGUAAGUAUAUAGAAAUAUAUACUGAAAUUAAGAGACUAUAAGUGUAAGAAACUGAAGAAAUGUUUAUACUGAUGAUUAAAAACAAAAUAAUAAAAUUCA